AGUUUAAAAAAAUAAGUUGAGAUUAACGGGGGCGGCUUCAUGAGACAUUCCUUAUUAUUAUAUUGAACAACGUAAGAGGUGUGUAGGUGUGAUUUGGAGAGGCACAUUUAUUGCGGAUGAUACUGAGAGUGGUUGUAGGGAAGCAGGCCCAAAAUUGGAGACUGAGAGACUUGUAAAGCCGAGUUCAAAGAAAACGAAUCGAGUGUGGAGAGAUCGAGAGAUAAACAUGGCGAGGAAUGGUGGGAUUUUUAUACGACAGACUUUGCUUGGAAUUGCAAGUGGUAUAGGCCAUUCCAAGUGGUAUAGGCAAUGGCUCCUAUGGCUCCUCCUCCUUCCAAGUACUUCGUCGUCUUCACAAUCCUAAGUUUUUUCCAAUUUGUAUCCAAACCCUAAAUGCCCUAACUUCGAUCCCAACCACACCAUCUUUGUCCAUGUCGAUUCAUGUUACUUCCACACCCAAAUCACCCGUCUUGCUCGAUUCCCUUCAUUUUCUGCAACACCGAAGACGGCUGUCCUCGGCGCCCGCCCCGUCCCCGUCCCCGUCCCCAGCCCCAGCAAUUAAAUUUCCACGCCCCGCGGACAUCGUCAUCUUGUGGAAACAGGAUCAAGUGGAGAGAGCAAUACAAAAAGUUCAAGAUGGAUUAUUGCCAGCAGUUUUCUACUUUGCUUCGCAGAUAUGUGUUGAUUGUAAGUUCUAAUAAGCAAUUUUUAUACAUGAAUCAAUUUAUUUAUUGUAAACUGCUCCUUCACAAGUUAUAUAUGGACUCUUGUUUUGCAGCCAAUCUCUUUGGAUCUCCAACCGUUCGAAAAAUGAGGGAAGAAUUCCCACAUGUAACAGUAUACAAGUAUGUGCAUACUUUUGAGGACGACUUGCUGGGAAUGAAUGUUAUGUUUACGCCAACAUUCCAUUUCUAUCAAAAUGGGAAAAAGGUAGACGAGAUUUUUGCCAAUCCCUAUCAAAAUAGGACGGCAGAUGAGAUUCCUGACCUCGCGAUGGAAAUUUGUGAAAAACUGUACAGGCACGUCAUCCAGGUUGAAACCACUCAACCUAUGAGCUCAUCUGGGAAGGGUAAGGGGAAAAGGAAGAGGAGAACUUAUCAACAACUUUUCGUACAAGCUAAGACAGACGAAAACGAAAAUGACAAAGUAGUUGCUUGAGGAGGGGGGAAAGUGGGAGGUGCUUUGGCAUUUGCAGAACAGAGAGGUGGUGCGCAAUUGUCACGGAGGAGAGGUGCUGCGACGUCAUCAGAACAUAGUGAUCGCCCUAUUGAAGCGGUUGAUAGCAGUGGUAGUGCACCUUCAUUUGAUGAAGCAAUGAAGGCUAUUGUAUCUAUCCCUGAGUGGCGUCACGAAAAGUAUCUGCGGUGGUAUGCAAAAGGGCUGUUUAAAGCUAACCCUGAGAAGAAAGCAAUGUGCCUGAAGGUUGUGACAGAUGAUAAGAUUGCUUGGCUACUAAGUGACGCGGCUGAGGAUUAAGUUGGACUUGGAUUGUAACGGAUGCGAUGUACUUAAAAAGUUUGAUGACUCAUUAUAUUAGGUUCGCGUUAUGGUUCUUGACUUUUGUGCUUGUUUAAAUUUGGUUUUGUGUUGUACUCUAAUUCAUAUAAUCGUCGUACUAUGAUUGAUUAAUGUUGGAUAUUUAUCAUAUGUUUGUGUUUGCCAUUUUGUGUUU